AUGUCGACCGCUCGAGCCGCUCUCGGGAGCUGCGGUUUUGGUCCGUCCUGCUCCGUGUGGUGCAGCGAAGUCCACGACUUGUUAAAGGACUAUGAGCUGAAGUAUUGCUACGUGGACAGAAACAAACGAACAGCCUUUGUCACCUUGCUGGACGGGGACCAGGCGCGGAGCGCGAUCCAGGUGUUUCACCAGUCGUCCUUCCGGGGCAAGGACCUGGUGGUGCAGCUGCAGCCCACGGACGCGCUGCUGUGCGUCACCAACCUGCCCGCGUCGCUCACGCUGGAGGAGUUCGAGGAGCUGGUCCGCGCCUACGGGGGCAUCGAGCGGUGCUUCCUGGUGUACAGCGAGGCCACCGGCCUGUCCAAGGGCUACGGCUUCGUGGAGUACAUGAAGAAGGACUCGGCGGCCCGCGCCCGGCUGGAGCUGCUGGGGAAGCAGCUGGGGCCCUCGGCGCUGUUCGCCCAGUGGAUGGACGUCAACCUGCUGGCCUCGGAGCGCGUCCACUCCAGGUGCCUCUGCGUGGACAAGCUCCCCGCCGACUACAGCGACUCCGCGGAGCUCCUGCGGUGUUUCUCCAGGGUCCACACGCCGGUGUUCUGCCAGCUGGCCCAGGAUGAAGGACGCUGCGCAGGGGGCUUCGCGGUGGUGGAGUACAGCAGCCCGGAGCACGCCGAGGAGGCCCGGCAGGCGGCCGCCGGCCUGCACAUCGGGGGCAGCGCCGUCCAGGUCUCCUUCUGCGCCCCGGGGGCGCCGGGCCGGAGCACGCUGGCAGCGCUCGUUGCAGCACAGCGCGUGAUGCAGAGCAGCCGGAAGGGGCUGCUGCCGGAGCCCAGCCCGGCGCAGAUCAUGAAGGGCCUGAGCAACCCGGCCACGCUGCAGGCCCUGCUGCGGCCCCGGCUGUGCGGACAAGCGGCAAAGCCAGCGGUUCUCGGAGCGCCUCCCAGCCUGCCCCAGCUGAUCAGCGCCCCGGUGCCCCCCACAUUCCUACACCUGAAUAAACCGCACCAGAGCCCGCUCCUGCCCAGUGUGUCGCCCGUGUCCCCGGCGCAGCCGCCGCUGGUGAAGCCCGAGGGCGUCCACGCCAGCAACAAGCCCGGCCUGCUCGGGGAGCCCCCGGCCCUGGCCCUGCAGACCACGCUCGGGAUGGGGCUGGCGCUGCCACUGAGGACGGAGCCGGGACCCCCCGGAGACACACCGAAAACCCUGAACCUGGUUCCCACUCCGGCAGCCCUCACCACGGCCGUGGGUCUGCUGCCCUUCUUCCCGGGCCAGCACAGCGUGGGACAGGCCGGGCCCGGGCUGGGGAGCGCCCAGGAGAAGCACUCGGCCGCCGCCGCCGGCGUCACAGAAGGGAGCUUCUCGGGGCCGCAGCUGCAUCUGCAGGGCUUUGCCAGCCUUGCUGCCGGGAGCCUGGGGGCCACGCAGCGCAGGCAGCCGCAGAACCAGCCGGCAGAACCGGGCUCGGGGGCCGCCGCUAAGAGUCAGAUGUCACUCCUGGGAGAGCCGCCGAAAGAGAUCCGGCUCAGCAGAAACCCGUACCUGAACCUGGCCAGCGUGCUGCCGCGGGUGUGCCUAGCAUCGGCUGCAGGUCAAGCCACUCUGCAGAAGCCCGGCCUGGCCAGCACCAUCCUGGAUGCCAUCGUGCAGGGCAGCGCCGCCCAGCGUGCGCCGGACAAGUGUGUCGCUUACUCUCCGCCUUUUGGGGAUUCUGCCCAGGUGUCCUCUUUCAGGACUGAGAAGCGCGGUGCGGCCUAUCUGCUCACCGCCCCUGAGGGUGGCGCUGGGGACUGCGUGGAGCAGCAGGCCCAGGGCACAGGCAUGUACUACGUGGAGACAUACUUGAAGAAGAAGCGCGUGUACUGAGUGGAGUCCUCCUCGACACCUCCUCUGUUCCCGGCAGCAUCUGUGCUGCCUAGCGCUGCCUUAACUUCCCCCAGACUAGCCAUAGCCUUCAAUACGGGUCCACGACUCCCAGGAGGAGCAGUGUCACACAGCAGGCAGAACUGCCAAAUCAAACAUAAGCAGCAAUAAGAAGAAAUACCCGCCGAGGACAUUUUGCACCAGAAUUAACUGUCUUAAUCAAUGUGACAUUCACUUACAGUUCUCUGGAGAAACUAACACUGUACCAGUAUUCCUUGUUUUAGGACUGGGAACAAUUUUGACAUCACAUAUGAAACCUGAAGCAAUAAACGGGAAACAGCUGUUUCCUCAGCCUUAGAAUGAA